CCAUCUUCAAGCUUUGGUCAGCAUGGUUCUAGCUCAAGAGAGUCUUCUGGUUUUGGUUGGCAUGGGUCUGGCUUAGGUCAGUCAUCAAGCUAUGGACAACACCAAUCUGGGUAUGGUCAACCUUCUAGGCAUGGAAAACAUCAUUCUCCUUCAAGUCAAUCCUCUGGCUUUGGACAACAAAGGUCUAGAUCAGGUCAGUCUAGCUAUGGCCAACACAGGUCUGGCUCAGGUGAGUCUUCCAGUUGUGGCCAGCAUGGUUCUAGCUCUGGAUUGUCUUCUAGCUAUGGUCAUCAUGGAUCAAGCUCAGGACAGUCUUCCAGCUACGGUCAGCAUGGGUCUGGCUCAGGACAGUCAUCAAGCUGUGGUCAACAUACAUCUGGAUCAGGUCAGUCUUCUAGCUAUGGCCACCAUGGGUCUGUCUCAUCUCAGUGUUCUACCCAGAGUCAACAUGGAUCUGGCUUGGGCCAGUGUUCUAAUUCUGAACAAUAUGGGACUGGCUCAUGUCACUCAUCUAGCUCUGGACGAUGUGGUUCUGGAUCUGGUCAAUGUUCUAGCUAUGAGCAACAUGAAUUACAAGAGAGUUGUAGGUCAAGUUCAAGUGGAACUCAUGGUGAGGACAGUAGACCCAAAGUGGGCUCAACCCCUAAUCAAUCAAGAAGAAAUAGCCAGGAGUGGUCAGGAUAUAGCCAAAAAGAAAGAAGUAGGAGUUGCAGCCCAUUGAGUGGCAAGUCUGAUGAAAAUGAGAGUAUUCACAGACAAUCAAGAACAUGUGGGCAACAAAGCCAGGGCCAGUUGGAAUCUUGCUAUAGCCAUUCCAAUUGUAAUGAAGGCCAAUCAGGAAGCAGUUCUAGACAAGUAGAAAGCUCCUCAAGGUGUGACUUUGGACAAUCUACACCCUCCUAUGAACUGUCUAGCUCCAACACUACCAACACAUUGCUAAUCUGCAAGGAGGAUAAUAGACAAGGUGGCUAUUGUUACCAGAGAGAAGGAGGUAACCAUGGAGGGGGUCAUACAGACUCAAAUUCCCACAGUUUCUGUAGCAGCACUCCACUCUACGAAUACGUCCAAGAGCAGAGGUGCUAAUUCGAGGAAUGAAUAGUAAAUAGAAAUGAAGAUAUACAAUAAUAAAUAAUAUACAAUAACAUAUAUUUAUAUAUAUAUAAUAUAAGUAAUAAUAGAAAUCAAGUAGCAGUUUAAGAAAUAUGAAACUACAUACAAGCAAUUCAUUAUGAAACUUCUUUCUAACAGUCGAUGCAACUUUUCUUUUUAACCAUGUAACUAUAUUUAUUUCCCUGUUAUUGGGUUCCUUCCAAAGAAUGUAGGGCAUGGGGGCUACUUUGUUAGCAAAUACUGAGUUGAAUAAAUAAUGUGUGUGAAUAAAUUUGGAAGAAUUAUGCAAAGCAUUUAAGAAGCCUGAGGUUUAGCUGAGGUGUCUUUUUGAGAGCUUCUUACUCAUCAUAUGAGGCCAAAGAUAAUCUUUCAUCUCUAAAGAGCAAAAAAUUAUAAAUGCAUUACCAGUACUGGCGCCAAAGCUUCUCUUACAGCAACGUGGACCAUAGUUUUUCGUGUGCCUCACGAUGGAUGGUGGCAGAAAGGAGAAGACCCUAAAAGCAAAGAUGCAGCAUUGGUAGUUUUUUCUUUGCUUAUCAAAACCACCAAGCCCCUAUUCUUCAGCGCAUCUUUAAUCAGUAAAUUAACAAAAGGCAUUAAAAAGUGGCACCAGGUACUUCUCCCUAACCUGUGGGUGAGAGCAUUAUUUCUUAAAGGGCAGGGAUGAAUUGAUUCAGGAUUAAAGGAUCCAAAUGUGGGCUCUGACUUGGUUUCAGCAAGAAAGAUCUUGACCCCUACUCCUAAAAUUUUCUCCAGGUUAAAAAAUUCAGAAGUGCAAUAGGAUGAAAAUACAAUGGCUCCAAACUACUUCUGUAGUUCACUGGCCUUUCCUCAUAGGAAAAUGUCAUUUCUAGAGAGAUGGAACAAAACCUUGUCUGCCACUGCUUUAUAGUUACUUAGUUUGACUGUAGUAUAUUUGUUUCAAGUCUUUGGAUUCAAAUAACUGAACUUCAUUAAAACUAGCAAUAAAUACUGGUAAUCAAAUAA